AUGGACCAACAACCCUCGAGCCCUCAAGAUCUGAGAGAACGUGCCGUCUCCUCGGAGCCCUGCUCGACAAGACCGAAUCCGUUUGAUGACUCUGACUUUUCUGCCCGCAAGCGUCGCCGCACAUCUUUGAGUGGCGCUUCUCGCAGCAGAUCGGUCGACAGUGCCACUUCUUCGGGCCCCUCCCCUCAGGUCGAGGCUCAGCAAGUGUUGACCAUGAAGGAGAGCGACCUCGGCCCAAAGGGCCCUCAGACCCCCGAACCUCAGCCUGAGCACUCCGACGACCAGCCGAGCGAUACAGUGCCAAGCAAAGUGACUCUCAGUCUACGCAAUUCCGAUCGCCCGUCUCAGACGAGUUCCCCUCUACAUCCGACCUCUGUGCCCCCGGACCCGCGGCCGGUAGAACAAGAAGACAUCCUUGCAAGCGUGGAGGAUCGAGAAGUGGAUAUGCUGCGGCCACCAUCGGACUCGGAGACGCCUGCAGUUACUCCCGAGACAGAGACAUCGCCCGUCGUGGCCGUUGACGAUGACAUCGAGCAAGAAGUUCAGUACUCAUCCGUCCAGCCAAGGGCGACGAUGGUACAGAACACUGCCCUGAUUGACCCAGCUCGGGAGUUUCCUUACGAGAGCGUCGCCGAGACGUACGCCGAAGUCAUGAAUAAGCUGGGACAGCAUUAUCUGUCCCAUGAAGACGUCCCAACGCGAGUUCUCGCCUGGUUAGACGAGUACCUGGCUUUUGCAAAGAUGGUAGACCCUGCAACCGCUUUGGCCUCCUUUCAACAGCACCGGCCGCUUUUUGCAGCACUGCCCGAAAUAGUCUUGUGCAACUCGAACCGCAAGCUCAGCACAAUGCGUGAUGUGGGAGCGUGCACGCGUCUGGCAGACCUCUACAAGGGCUUUGCGCGGCUCGCAGCGCACCUCGCAGACCUCGACUACAUGGUGCUCCAAGAGGUCCUAUCAUCUGAGAAUUCUCGACUUCCAGACUUGGGUUCGCCUUUCUACCUGACGAUUCUCGGGCAUGUGACCCGGCGAGACGACGAGUCAUUCUCUGUCCGGCCUUGCGACGAGCUUUCUGAUGUACUGGAACAGUUCAUUCAAUGCCGCGAGGGCCCUGGUGGCGAGCUUGCACAGUUGAACAAACUCUUGGAAACCAUGGUUCAGCUCAUUCCCCGAUUUCCCAGGAUUUUGGAGCCGUGUGGUCAAGUUGCUCAGUUGGUCCAAAGCCUCAUCCACGAGUGCGAUCGAAGAUUGCGCUUCACUGGGAGCGCGACGGCUGGCAAUGUGGCUUCAUUGACGUCCGUGGCAUUGCAAGGCCACAAGUUCUUCGAGGUGUUGUCGGUGGCUCUUGAUCGUGUCAUCGACAAACACUUGACGGCUCUCUCGUUCGAAACCGCUGCCGGUUUGAUCAAUACCUUGGGCGAGAUCUACAUGAUUCUUUUGGCCAUUCAUAUUGCACACAUACCUCUAUUCUCCCAGGACCAAGUCAACGAGGACGCGGGCGGGCUCCCCUCCGCGAGUGUUCCGGAGGUGUUGGCAUCGGAAUGGCGAAUGAACCUUUAUGGGAGGCUGAUUGUCUCGAGCCAGAUGCAGCUUCGUGUCAUGGCAGUUUCGCAGAUGACACAGGACCUCAUUCAUUGUUGGAAGAAAUUCAGCGAACCACGAUCGGACGACAAUCAGACCAUCUUACAGCAUCUAGCCGCCGCCCUCAUCAGCACCGGCCUCGUGCCCUAUAUCCUGGGGCCCACCUGCCAUCCGGAGAUCACUCUUGAAAGCAACAACAUCAUCGGAUUUCUUGUCGUCACGAGGACCUAUACCCAAGCCCAUACUGAUCUGAUGUGGCAGACUGUGACUUUGACGCAGGAUCCUAGGAUCUCUGAUGCCCUGCUGCGUAUGAUGGGACGUAGUGCAAACCUCUUCCACUAUGAAGAUCUUCUCUACUUUUGCACUAAGUUCCAAGCUCUCCCCAUCGAGGUGUUUGGUCCCAGUCUCAGGGAAUUUUGUGAUGCGGUUUUCAAAUGGAUUGCUCAGAAGGCGCCAUUAGAAGCCGCGAUCGAGACUGCGCCGUCACACCUCUGUCUUCGUCUUCUACGAGAAUCCUCUGUCCCUUCGAGCACAGCCCCGGUCGCCUAUCCUGAGAUACAGCAGUUUGCCACAGUGAAGUUCAGAGAACUUCUGGCCAGUGCGCCGGAUCGUGACAGCCGGCAAGAUCUCUACAUGAACUGCCUUCAGGAUAUAGCAGACAAAUCGGACACUACGUUGGGAAGUCUGCAUGCUCUCUUCCUAAUGAUACGUCAGACCCCUGCUCGAGAGCUACAAUGGCUCACUUCCGAACAUAAUCUUACUGGAUUGUUGGUGGAUGAGCUGGAGUACUCGAUAUCUGCCGGACGCAGAAGAGGUUUUGCCCCGGUCAUUCAUGGCAGUGUCAACAACCCGCGCAGAGACCUUCUCUAUCACCUGAUACUCCAUCAGCCGUCAACUUUGAUGGGGCAGACUGGCGAGAGGCUCUGGCACAUGCUUGUCGGACUAGGCGCAGACUACGAUGAGGACCGGGACGCCGCGUGGGUCUUCUUGAAUGCAAUCUUGAAGUCAAGUUCCCGUCUGGACAACCCAUUUCUGGCAACUUGCUUCAAAGAGUAUCUGCCGAAGCUCCCGCCAAGCUGCUUCCGUGAGGGUAUGCUCCAGUUUAUCAAGACUGUGGUUCUACCCCUGGCCAAUGCUACCGACAGCGAUCUCUUGGAUGUGGAGGGUGACGACGACGAGAGUUUGGGGAAGCGAGGCAUGGAACAGCUCUGGCGCGUCGUUCUGACCGCGCCAAAUCGCACUAUCGAGCUGAAGGCCAUACAGACCUUGGUCAACGACAUAUACAUCGAGAGCGCGGCGGUCACUGGCUCAUCCCAUCAUCGCACCCGCAAGAUUCACCUGGCCUUGGUGGGCAGGUGUUUGCGACAGCUUUCUUCCGCUGCCGCGAGGCUCCAAUCUUCAGGGUCUAUGGGGAGCAGCGGUGCCGAAGCCGCUAUUGACGAUGUUCCUCCCAUGGACGAAGUCGAGCAGCAAAGCCUACUGUUCAUCCGCUCACUCACAGUACUCCGCGAAUUCCACAGGCUCUACCGAAUGAAGUCAAAUUUUGCCGCGCCCGACUUGCGAUCUAUUCCUCUGCAAGGUCCUGGGGAAGUUGAGGGCGAAUCAGCGGAACUGAAAUUCCAGUCGUUCGAUGGCAAUCAUCAAACUGAUAUUCAGACUCUCAAUAUCGGCAAGCGGAACACGGCGGCCUCACUCCUGGCCAGUCUGAAAGAGGCAACCGGCUUUGAACACUAUCAGCUAUUCUACCGCGGUCAAGCGUUCAUACCUCAAGAACGCGAUAUCUGCAAGUCAUUAGAGGACCUGCGAAUCCACAACGGUUUGAUCUUGGUGAAGCGUGAGCCAGAUGCUAUCUCUACCACAGUCCGGAUUCGGCCUGGUGCGUCACCCGUUGAGAUCGAGAUCCUGGGUCAUUUCGAAGAGUUGUGGGGUUAUCUCAACAUGGAUGACAAGUAUGCGCAAGAGGUGUAUCAAUUCUUGACGACGCUGCCGGUCUAUGAGCAGAUGGCACAUGUCUUCCAGUCGAGCAACGUGUCACACGAGCAAGUGUUCCCUUUAGGGUACCCAUUCAAGUCGCUCUAUGCCAUUUAUGCUCUUCGCGAAUUUGUAGCCUCUCGUCGACGGAUGGCUGGCUCGCUUCAAGUCAGGGCCGACCCAGACGCCGCCAAGGCCGCGGCCAAGGCAUAUACCGAAGCUCUGAAUACUGCUCUAUCCCUGGCUGUGGCAGUCAUAUGUGACUAUGAAGUCGUCAGGCAGUGUGCAAAUCAGGAUUUGCAGAUCAUCCUCAGCCACGCUCUGAUCGAAAGCCUCGUGCAUUUGGUCAAAGAUUCCUCUCAGACCGGGUCUUUGACGAACACUCUUGACGAAGCACUACUCACCCGGCUCCUGAGCAUCGAGAUGUCUGCUGUUGAUGGCCCGCCCACGGAUAAUUCGAUGCGUUUGAUACAGCUGACCUUCCAGGCGAUCUGUGAAUGCUGCUCUGCGAGCCAGGCAUUCUGGGAUGCUUUCAAAACCCAUGAUGAUGUCGGACGAGUCAUCCUUACAUUGGUUCUUCAUGACCCGAGGCCAAUGAUCCGAAAAGCUGUGACGAAGAUCCUAGCGGAGCGGAUCUCCUACAUGCACAGCUCAUCUAUCGUGACCCCCUUGAGUUUCUGCGAAUUUCUAUGGCCAUUGAUCUCUGGAUUCCUCCCAAUUGCCAUCGGCACCCCGGACAAGUGUGAGGACAUAUUCGCAUUGUCCUUCACCAUGUUGAAGCUUCUAAGAGAGGCCGGCUCAGCUGUUCUAGACCAACAGCAACUUCUGGAUGAAGCCAGCUAUCUUCUACUCCGUUACGAGACUUAUGAGGACAUUACGCAACCAGAGGCAGUCGACAUCGUUGCCUGCGGUCUGGUGCGCAUUAUCCAUACGCUCAUUUGCAACCGUGAUGAGGCCUCAGCGGUUCGCUUGUCACUGUCAGAUGAUCUGGCUCGUGCCCUCUUCUGGAAACAUCUUUUCCCCCCCUGGCAGCAAACUGAGACGUCAGCAUUGCCGUGUGUCAUUCUCAACUCACACACGAGAAAGAUGCUCAUUGAAGUGAUUUUCUCGCUUGUUGGCAGUGACCUGUCUCAGCUCAAGUUGUUGAUUGAGGAUCUGGAUGCACUCGUGCCGUUUAGUGUUGGUGAAGAUGAGGAAGAUCCAUAUCAUUACGAACUUCCUCAGCAGUUUGACAGGUCUGACGCAAUUCGGUCAGCCUGUGGCUAUGUUGGCCUCAAGAAUCUGUCCAACACGUGCUACCUGAACUCUCUAUUCACCCAGCUCUUCAUGAAUACCUCUUUCCGGAAUUUCAUGCUCAACGCAGAGAUCCAUGAUGAAGACAUAUCGCAGAACCUGCUCUUCGCCACGCGCAAUCUGUUCGGUUCCAUGCAGAACAGCAUCAAGCGAUGGGUCGACCCACAGGCUUGCGUUACGCAGAUCAAGACUUACGAAGACACCCACAUCGACAUCCACAACCAGAUGGACGUUGAUGAGUUCUAUAACCUCUUGUUUGACCGAUGGGAGAGCCAAUUUCGAUCGCCAGAUGAGAAGAAGACGUUUCGUUCCUUCUAUGGAGGCCAGCUGGUACAACAGGUGCGCUCUCAAGAGUGCAGGCACAUUUCGGAGCGAUUGGAGCCUUUCUCAGCCAUCCAAUGUGAUAUCAAAGGCAAGAACAGCCUCGAGGAGAGCCUCCAGGCAUACGUGGAUGGAGAAAUCAUGGAGGGAGACAACAAGUACAAGUGCUCGACCUGCGAUCGUCACGUUGACGCUGUGAAGAGAGCUUGCUUGAAGGACAUUCCAGACAAUCUCAUAUUUCAUCUCAAACGGUUCGACUUCAAUCUGCGCACACUGCAACGUCACAAGAUCAACGAAUACUUCUCUUUCCCAAGCAAAAUCGAUAUGCGGCCCUACACAAUCAACCACCUGAGUAGCCCUUCUGAUGACAACCCACCGGAUAUCUUCGAGCUUGUUGGCGUCUUGGUGCACUCCGGAACUGCAGAGUCGGGACAUUACUACUCGUACAUUCGCGAACGGCCCUCGACCAAGGCGAAUGAAACGUGGGUCGAGUUCAACGACGACGUGGUCUCGCCUUGGGACACUGCUCACAUGGAAGCAUCGUGCUUUGGAGGGACGGAUUACCGGAACCCCCUCGACGGCAACAUAGGCCUGGAAAAGCCUUAUAGCGCCUACAUGUUGUUCUACCAGCGUUCAUCCAGUAUCAAAGACGAACAAGAGGCAUUGCUGGCGUCGGGCGAAUUGAGCCCUCUUCGAGUUGCUACGCCUCAAGAUCUGUCCGAGCAUAUACAAGGAGAGAACUAUUCCAUGCUUCGCCGGCAUUGCAUCUUUGACCCCGCACAGAUUCGGUUUGUCAGUAGUUGCCUAGUGCGACUGAGACUCAUCAAUGGCGGCACAUGCUCCGAAGAUCAUGCAGCCGAGCAUUUGGCAGUGCGGAUGGCACUCAGCUAUCUUGACCAGGUGGCAUCCCGGACCAAAGACAUACCCGAAUUUCAAAGCCUGCUCAGUCGGGUUCAAGCUAUGAUGCAAGCUUGCGCAAAGUGCUCUCUCGCCAUCUACGACUAUUUCGAUCAACGCUAUGAGGCUCUGCGUGCCUUGGUGCAGAGACAUCCCGAGCCUCGUGUUCGCCAAGAAUCUGGUAAUCUACUCCUCCGAGCCCUGGUCGAGAUCAAGCACAAUUUACCGAACCGCUAUGGAAUCGCUGCUGAAGGUGUUGCCCCGUCCAACAUUGACCCGCUAAAUCCAAGGAACGUCAUCCACGGCGCCAACCGUAUGAUGGGGUACCUAUGGUCCUUCUUCCAUAUGCAUCUUCGUUCAUGGCAUGAGACCUUCGGGUUGAUGCUUGGUUUCACCGGCCUUGGGUGGCACGAAGCUGCUGUUUUCCUCGACCAAGGUUAUCUGAGAAACGCGGUCAUGAUCAUCAGUGCAGACUCGAGUCUGAAUCUUGACCCGCAGUACAAUCGCAUGUUGAACGCCUUGCAAAGGCGUCUCUCGACAAAACCUCCCGCUUACGAUACCAUCAUCGCUCUCAUCCACCGCUUGUUGUCGGUAGUCCACAUCGAAUAUUCGCGAGGGAACGAGCUGGCUCCGCCCCAGUUUCGUACUCGGUUCGACGAGGUUCUUGAGAAGCGCGGGGGUCCAUUAGCGAUGAGCCGGCCUGAGUAUGCGGUCCUCAGCGUUGACUGGGGAAGAGGCUAUGGCAACAUAUUUGUGGAGAAGCUGCUGACGGUUGAUCAAAACGAAGCCAGCACCAACGCCAUUCUCGUUCGGCUGCUCCAAAUCCAUCAUCAGAUGGGAGCUAAGAUUCUCGACACCUUCCGACAGAACAUCAUGGGAGACGCGACGCCCCCUCCAAACGGCCCCUUCCUACGAGCUGCUCUAGUGUUUUGUCGGCACUAUCCAAAUGCGGAUAAGGUCAAAUGGCUCGUGGGUUACAUUGCACAGCAGACCAAAGUACUCGAGAAUACGGAAGGUCGGUCUUUCUUCCGGUUCCACCGCGAUCUCGCAUCCACCACGGCCGCCUCUGUAGAAGGUGCAGUGGCAGGCAUCGAAUUGGAGCUCCUCAUCCUGGAGUAUAUCCCUGUUUGGGCGCCGACACUCCUCGCAUACUAUGACCCAAGCGUCAGGGUGGAAGUGGAGGAUAUGUUGCAGAGAACCAUCUUUCGACACGGCGCUUCUCCGUCUUUCGAAGAGCUGGAAGGCGGGACUGUCAAGGCAGAGGCUCUGAUCAAGUGUGCCAGGUUGUUAGGCGUCGAAUGUCUGAGAUACCUCGAGAAGUUCUUUGUCGCGCGAGAGAUCCGGAUUGCCGAGGAGUCGGUGUCAAGUUUGCAGCGUGUGACCCACAUCUGUUCCGAGUACUUCGACAGUGACCAGGAGGACACGGAAGCAGCGGCCUUUGACAUGCUAUUCCAGAGUAUGUAUCAGAACCCUGAGGCAUUCGCUGCGCGAGCUGGUGGACGAUCGGCUGCUCACAUGAGAACAGACACCCUAGACUCUCUGGCCAGGCUUAUCAUGGAUAAUGAUGUCGAGGAGGAGUCCGACCAACAGUGGAACGACUCGGAAGGCUCCGAGUUGGAAAGCUUGGGAAGUAUGAACGUCGACGAUCUCGCCACGUAUCCGAAAGAAUUUCCCGAGCCACAAUGA